AUGGGUCUUGCACUUGGUAAAUUGAUGGACAAAGAAUUACAAGCCGUUAUUCCAGAAUAUUAUGCAUAUUUGGAGAAAAAUAUUGAAUAUAUUUUAAAAAAGGUUCCACCAUUUUUUCAAAAACUGAUUACUGAGCAUGGUUUACCAAGUGCUCUUGAUCUUACUUAUGAUAUGACGCGUCUUUACACUCCACCUUGGUUCGAUGAAGAACUUCAAGGUCUUGCUGCUGGUAGUGGUGUACCUUAUACUAUGCUUCGUCAAUUGAAUUUACUUCCAGAAUUACUCCAAGCGUCUUGUACCGUUUUGGGAGCAUGGGGUGAAUCAACUGUAGCAUCAACUUUACUUCAUCUACGAGCACUUGAUUGGGAUGAUAAAGCUCCACUCGCUAAAUAUGCUACAGUAACUGUCUAUCAUCCAAAUGCAUCAUAUGAAGGUUAUACAGAAAAUUUUCAUAAAUAUUAUAGACAAGAAAAUUAUAAAUCACAUGCUUUUGCUAAUUUUGGUUAUCUUGGUCUUAUCGGAUCACUUAGUGCAUACAGUGAAGCUUCAAUUGGAUUAGGUGAAAAAGUAUGGAUAACUGAAGACAAAGAUAUUGCAACACGAUUUGGAAAUCCAUGGACAUAUGUUCUUCGAGAUGUUGUCCAAUUUGCUGAUUCUAUUGAUACAGCGUUAACUAUGCUCGUAAAUGCACAUCGAACAUGUUCCAUUCAUCUUGGUCUUGGCUCAUACGAACGUAAUGCAUCAGUUCAUAGUGAUGAAAAUGUUGGAUUUCGUGGAAUUGAAUAUAGUGCAAAAGAAUUUAAUGUUUUUAAUUGGGAGGAUAUGUAUGUUAGACCACAUCAUCCAAUAUUAAAAGAUGUUAUUUAUUGGGACAAACAUGUUCAACCGUCAAAUUUUCCAUGUUUAGGUAGUUUAUUAGUUGAUCAUUAUGGUCAUCUUGAUGCGCCAACUAUCAUUCGAAAUAUUACUAGUCUUGCAGAAACUGGUAAUGCACUCAACUUAAUACUUGAUUAUGGUGAAAAUGCUGCUUAUCUUGCCUACAGUGCACCUGAUGAUCCACAAGGACCAUUGGAAGCUUAUAAUCGAGUUCAUACAAGACUUGACAUGACUAAAUUAUUUGCUGAACCGGCACCAAAAUAG